AUAAUUUAUUUACUAAUUAACCAAUAUAUCUAUGGUGGACACAUUGAUGUGAUUUCAGCAGCGGUUUCUGCGUGCGCAAAGUCGCUGGUUUUGAUCCUCCAAAAUUCCAUAUAAUCAAUUUGCUCUUUCAAUCAAAUAUAAUCGAAAUUAGGGUUUUCAAAGUCUUCUCCUUUUCUUGCGUUUUAUCCAUCUCUAAUUCCCAUAUAUUCCGACAAUCUCCCAAUCAAUCAUCUAGGUUAACCAUAAGGUACAAUAUACCCUAAAUUAGAUGCUAAUUCAUAAGUUCAUUACAUUUUUCUGGGAUUUGAUAUCAACAAACAGCACUUCUUGAUUUUAUCUUAUAGAAUUUAAUCUUAUAGAAUAGAAGCUAAUGGAGUUGUAGCUUCUGGGAAUUUUGAUUUGGGGCUGUUGGCAUAAAAAAAUUGUUCCUUCAGAUAGAGGGAUUAUGUUGCACAUGGCUCCAAAUCUGAAGCUAAGGUUGGUUGUUUCCUUGCUGUUUUUACUGCUGAGCUUUCUUGCAUUCGGAAAUUCGAAUGCAGAAUCGGAAAAUGAAGUUUUGCAUAAAGUAAGAACUGCUCCACAUAAGGAUGUAGGAUCCAUUGUAAUUGAUGGUACUGGUGUAGAGAAUUCCUUCAAGGUUGAGAAUGGAAAUAAUGUGGUUGGUAAUAGUAAUAGGAAGGGUGGAAGCAAUAGAGUUUCGGUUUCAACGGUUGCGUUGUUUACGUUGGCAAUGGCAGCUGCUACUGGUUUAGGUGCAGUGCCUUUCUUCUUUGUAGAGCUUGAUCCACAAUGGGCUGGUUUAUGUAACGGAAUGGCUGCAGGUGUUAUGUUGGCUGCAAGUUUUGAUCUAAUACAGGAAGGGCAGGAUUAUGGUUCUGGAAGCUGGGUUGUCACUGGAAUUCUAGCUGGUGGAAUCUUUAUUUGGUUAUGUAAAAAGUUUCUUGAGCAGUAUGGGGAAGUAAGCAUGUUGGACUUAAAAGGUGCUGAUGCAACCAAAGUUGUUCUUGUUAUUGGAAUAAUGACACUUCAUUCUUUUGGAGAGGGAUCUGGGGUUGGGGUCUCCUUUGCUGGCUCAAAGGGUUUUACUCAAGGCUUGUUGGUAACCUUGGCUAUUGCGGUGCACAACAUACCAGAGGGAUUAGCUGUGAGCAUGGUCCUGGCAUCAAGAGGUGUUUCUCCACAGAAUGCUAUGUUAUGGAGUGUAAUUACAUCUUUACCUCAGCCAAUUGUAGCUGUUCCUUCUUUCAUUUGUGCGGAUGCAUUCAGCAAGUUUCUUCCUUUCUGUACGGGAUUUGCUGCUGGGUGCAUGAUUUGGAUGGUUGUUGCUGAAGUGCUUCCUGAUGCAUUCAAGGAAGCCUCCUCUUCGCAGGUUGCAUCAGCAGCAACCCUUUCUGUAGCAUUUAUGGAAGCUCUCAGCACCUUCUUUCAGAAUUUCAGCCAUGAUUACAACUCUGAGGAUGCUUCCGGCUUCUUUGUUUCGUUACUUUUUGGCCUUGGCCCAUCACUGGGUGGUGUUUUCCUGGUUGCAUUUGCUCUUGCUUUUCAACUUAAGCAUGCUCUUCUCAUGGGUACUGCUUGUGGUAUUGCCUUUGUCCUUGGUGCAUGGCGACCCGUGCAACUUAUUUUGUCUUCAAAAUUGGGACUUGUUCCCGUCAUAUCACUCCUUGCUAUAGGGGCUGUUUUCGUCCAUAUUUCUUCCUCCGCUGUAUUGAAGCUUGCAGCUAACAAAAAAACCUCAGCACAUAACUUACCUACAAUCACUGGCUUCCCCAUCAGUGUUCACACCCUUCAAUCAUUCAUAUCAUGUGGUGCAGUUGCUUUUCAUGCUGUGGCGGAAGGACUUGCAUUGGGAGUGGCUGCACCAAAGGCUUAUGGACUUGGUCGUCAUAUGGUCCUUCCGGUCUCGUUACACGGGCUUCCUCGAGGUGCAGCUGUGGCUAGCUGCAUAUUUGGAGCCACUGAUAGCUGGCAUGGUUCUCUUGCAGCAGCUGCCAUAAUUGGAUUUAUGGGUCCGAUAUCAGCAAUCGGAGCUAUUCUCAGUGGUAUUGAUUAUAGUGGUCUUGAUCACAUAAUGGUUCUUGCCUGUGGUGGAUUAAUUCCUAGCUUCGGAAGUGUAGUUAAGAGAUCGAUUAGUUUGGAUAAACGGAAGAGCACCUGUGGCCUUAUCGUAGGUAUCACGUUUGCUACUUUAUGUCUAACAUUUACUAGAUUGGUUUGCUUGCAUACACCAUACUGUAAUUCUGCGCCGGAGGCUGUUAGAUAAGACAAUUAUGCUGCUGCAUUUCCUGCAUGCUCUAUGAUUAAUGUUCUUGCAGCAUACACUUCUUUAGUUCAAUCUUCCAAGGUAUGGUUGCACAAAUUUGAAGAGAUUCUCAAUGAAGAAACUAGAAACAGCAAAGUCGAGUGGAAGUUCCACAAGAAGAAGGUAGAAUUUGCUGAGUGACCAUGUUUUCGUUCAGAACUUGUCCAUGUGUAAUAUGUCAAUGUUUACUUGUAUAUAGAGUUUUACACAUGAUCUAAAUUUGCUUAACAGUGUAAAACUAUUGAGAAGUGGAACAUUUAUUAUUUCCUUUUUUCCUUUUCUUGGUCUCAUUUGGUUAUUUACAAACAGAACCAAUAUUUGACGGUUGAAGACCAAUUUUUAAGCCGGUAUCUUGUGAAUUAUUAUAUAUGAAUUAUCUGGUUUCCUUUU